GCCUUUUGCUUUUUUAUUCCCCUCGUCUCUACUUUCCUUCUCAUUGGAGUGAAUUUAGCUUCCAUCCUUUCCCCUUCUCCUUUUUCCUGCUCUGUUUUUCAGUUAUCUUCUCCCUUGAUCUCGCAUUCUCUCUCGAUUCUGUAAAGUACAAUUCCUUUUCCUUCUCUUUUCCCGGGAAAAAAAUCGCAUCUUUUCCCGGAAAGUUCUCACCUGGACAUUACCUUGUUGUUAUUGUGUGAAAGCUUCCUACUUUCUUCUUCUCCUGCUUACGUCAAGUUGUCACCUUUACGUGAUUUCAAUCUCUGGGUUUCUUCAGACGACAUUACCUUGUCCGAAAAGCAUCGAACUUUGAUGGGUCUCUGUCACGGAAAACCUAACGAACACCAAUCGAAACAGAGCCUCUCAAUCACCACCAACGAGGAGGAGGAGGAGGAGGAGGCACCCAAGACUCCUCUCAAUCUGUUUAGCCCAUUCCCUAGCCUCUUCAAAACCUCAUCACCUGCCGUAUCCUCCUCUAGCGUGAGCUCCACGCCACUUCGCAUCUUCAAGCGACCUUUCCCACCUCCUUCACCCGCUAAGCACAUACGCGCCUUCCUCGCGCGUCGUCACGGCUCCUCCACUAAGCCUGACCAAGCUUCGAUCCCUGAAGGGAGUGAGUGUGAGGUUGGCCUUGAUAAGGCUUUCGGAUUCUCCAAGCAGUUUGGUUCGUACUAUGAGAUUGAUGGUGAGGUGGGUCGUGGUCAUUUUGGGUUUACUUGCUCUGCUAAGGGGAAGAAAGGUAGCUUGAAAGGUCAUCAUGUGGCUGUCAAAGUUAUUCCCAAAUCAAAGAUGACUACGGCAAUUGCAAUUGAGGAUGUUAGAAGAGAAGUUAAGAUAUUGAAGGCGUUGACUGGUCACAAGAACCUAGUCCAGUUCUAUGAUGCCUUUGAAGAUGAUGAGAAUGUUUACAUUGUCAUGGAGUUAUUGAAAGGAGGUGAACUACUGGACAAAAUACUUCAAAGGGGAGGCAAAUACUCAGAAGAGGAUGCUAAGAAAGUAAUGGUUCAGAUUCUUAGUGUAGUAGCAUACUGUCAUCUUCAAGGUGUGGUUCACCGUGACCUCAAACCUGAGAAUUUUCUCUUCCGUACAAAGGACGAGACUUCUCCUCUGAAAGCCAUUGAUUUUGGUCUCUCCGACUAUGUCAGACCUGAUGAGAGGUUGAAUGACAUUGUAGGAAGUGCUUACUACGUGGCCCCUGAAGUGUUACACCGUACAUAUGGAACUGAAGCAGAUAUGUGGAGCAUUGGAGUGAUUGCUUAUAUACUUCUCUGUGGUAGCAGACCCUUUUGGGCCCGUUCUGAAUCUGGAAUCUUCAGAGCUGUUCUUAAAACAGAACCCAAUUUUGAAGAAGCUCCUUGGCCAUCUCUUUCACCUGAUGCUGUAGAUUUCGUGAAACUUUUGCUGAACAAAGACUACCGUAAGAGACUAACUGCUGCACAAGCUUUGUGUCAUCCGUGGCUGGCGGGUUCACAUGAAUUAAAGAUACCAUCUGAUAUGAUCAUUUACAAGCUCGUCAAAGUAUACAUUAUGUCUUCUUCUUUGAGGAAAACAGCUAUAUCGGCGCUUGCCAAAACAUUAACUGUACCGCAGCUGACUUAUCUGCGUGAGCAAUUUAAUCUGUUGGGACCAAGCAAAAACGGAUAUAUCUCAAUGCAGAACUACAAAACUGCGAUCAUGAAGAGUUCGACAGAGGCUACGAAGGAUUCAAGAAUCUUGGAUUUUGUAGACAUGAUUAGUUGUCUUCAGUACAAGAAACUAGACUUUGAAGAGUUUUGCGCUUCGGCUUUAAGUGUUCAUCAGCUAGAAGCAAUGGGAACUUGGGAGAAACACGCACGCCGUGCUUAUGAGCUGUUUGAGAAGGAUGGAAACAGAGUCAUCAUGAUCGAGGAACUUGCAUCGGAGCUCGGUCUUGGUCCAUCAGUCCCAGUUCAUGUUGUUCUUCAGGAUUGGAUAAGACAUUCUGAUGGCAAGCUAAGUUUCUUGGGUUUUGUCAAACUCUUACACGGUGUGUCCUCUCGGACAUUGCAGAAAGCGUAACCUUGACUCACACAUCUACUUCUCCUUAGCCUGCCUCUAGGAGAUGAACCUUACACCAAGUCUAAAAAUUAUGACCUUAAAGGUAACUCGAGAGGAACUCAACCGCUGCAGAGCUACCACAUUUGUCAGAUGAAGUUGCAGUCUAGGAAUUGAUAUGGGUUCUUUUUGCUCUUUUCAUGAUAGUCUUUUUUUUUCUCUUUGUUUUGGUUAAAGAUAAGAGUCUUUAUGGUUCAAGAAUGGUGUUAUAAUGAUAUUAAAGGGGUUGUACAGAAGAAGAAACAUACCCACUUCCCCAUUAAAGUGGUCUCUUUCUUCUUACCUCAGUUCUUAGUUCUUACCUUAACAAAAGUAGCAAUUUAUAUUUGAUGCUCAUCAAUGAGCAAGAUACCUUGGUUU